UGCGCACUACAUUCGAGCGCUCGGAGCGAACACUCGGGCUCUGGUAGAAGCACUGCGGAAAGCUGCGGAACCAGGACUUGUGAUUGGCGGAGAAAGGCAGAGUCGAAAGAGUAUAGUCAGGAAACAGCUCGGAUUUCAGGGGGGAGUGACACUCGCGGGGUUGGAGGGAGAGUGAGUGGGGACGUAAGACGAGGAAAAAAGUCAGUAAACCUGACAAAGCGUCUGAGAACAGAACUCAGGAUUCUCGGAGGGGUAGACGAUCUGCCGUAAGGAAUCCUCGAAGUUUGUGGAUUCUGGGUUUGUUUAGGAGGACUUGUACUCGCUCUUUUGCCCAACACAUUUGUCUGUCCGAGGCUGCGUAUCUUCUCGUUUUAGAUGAAGCCUGCAGAACCAGGGAAUUUGACAACUUUUGGUGAUUGGUGAAGAGGAUAAAAAGUUCUGCGGACGUAUGUGUUUUCAAACUGUCUGGGAUUUACACAACAUAACAGGAUUCAUGCGGCACACUGAUCAUGAGAGGGUUUCGGAAUUCCUGCGUUGUUCUGUCGUGAUUUGAGGCGUUCAACUCCGCGGAUUUUUUGGGAGUUAAGAAUUCGUUGCUUGGCAUUUUUGUUGCAGUUGGGGAGACGUCGCCCCGUCGGGACUACACACAUUCUUCUUGCGAUCCGGCCCAUGCACUCGCCUGGCUCCCUCAGUGCAUGCGGAUCGCGUCCCGAAAGUGUUUGGUCCGCCGAGUCCAGGUGAUUGGAGGAAAUUCCUGUGAGUGACAGGCCAGACCUCCUGCAGUUCAUGUUCGGGUGGAGUUCCUCAGAUGGGAUCAGUGUCCAGGGGGAGGCCGAAGAGGGGGUCAUGGGUAGACGCACCCUCCAUUAACGGGAUGUCCGCCGGAUGGGUGUGGUUGCUGGCAGUGCUCCUCCUGUCCCUGGGCACCGGCUCCAUGGCACGGCCGCCCUUCCACGCGGCAGAGGAAGAGGAGGCCACGCUGGAGCCUGAAGAGACACCGACCAAAUACCAAAUCUCUAAGCAGCCCACGCUGUGCUCGGUGCCACCGGGCGAGUUUCUGCGCCUGCACUGCCCGCUGCCCGAGGCCGCUGCCGGCCACAUCUCCUGGACCAAAGACGGCGCGGCGCUGGGGCCGGACAACCGCACGGUCAUCCAGCAGGAGCUGCUGCAGAUCCGCGACGCGGCACCCGCCGACUCGGGCAUGUACGCGUGCAGCGCGCUCGGGGUGCAGGGCGGCCAGACGCUCUGCUUCAUAGUGAACGUGACAGAUGCCAUUUCGUCGGGCGAUGACGAGGAUGACACGGAACGCUCGGAAGAUGUGGCCGUGGACGGAGAACAGAUGCGAGCGCCCGCUUGGACGAUGCCGGAGAAGAUGGAGAAGAAGCUGCACGCGGUGCCGGCGGCCAACACGGUCAAGUUCCGCUGCGCGGCGGAAGGGAACCCCCGGCCCAAGAUGCGCUGGCUGAAGAACGGCAGACCGUUUCGUCAGGAGGACCGCAUGGGCGGAUAUAAGGUGCGCCAGCAGCAUUGGACGCUGAUCAUGGAGAGUGUGGUGCCGUCGGACAAGGGCAACUACACCUGCCUGGUGGAGAACGAGUACGGCGGCAUCAACCACACGUACACGCUGGAUGUGGUCGAACGUUCCCCUCACCGGCCCAUCCUUCAGGCGGGCCUGCCAGCAAACAUCACGGUGCAGGUGGGCCAGGACGCCAAGUUUGUCUGCAAGGUCUACAGCGACGCCCAGCCACACAUCCAGUGGCUGCAGCACAUCACCAAGAACGGCAGCCGCUACGGCCCCGACGGACACCCUUACGUCCGGGUCCUCAAGCGCUCGGGCAUUAACAGCUCGGACGUGGAGUCCCUCACAGUCUUCAACGUGACGGAGAUGGACGCUGGCCAGUACACCUGUAAAGUCUCCAAUUACAUAGGCGAGGUCAACCAGUCGGGCUGGCUGACCGUCAUCCCAGUCACCAAGGAGCCGGCUCAACCUGUGUUCCCGCCCGACUACGUGGAGAUCGCCAUCUACUGCAUCGGCGUCUUCCUCAUCGCCUGCAUGGUGGUGAUCGUGCUGGUGUGCCGCAUGCGCACGUCCACCAAGAAGCCCGACUUCGGCGGUCAGCCAGCGGUCCACAAGCUCAGCAAACAGAUUCCCCUGCGUCGCCAGGUGUCGUCGGACUCUAGCUCGUCGAUGAGCUCUAGUACGCCGCUUGUGCGCAUCACCACGCGACGGAGCUCCGCACACGACGACCCCAUACCUGAGUAUGACCUCCCCGAGGACCCGCGCUGGGAGUUCUCCAGAGACAAACUCACGCUGGGCAAGCCCUUGGGGGAGGGCUGCUUUGGCCAGGUAGUCAUGGCCGAGGCUUUGGGCAUUGAUAAGGACAAACCCAAGGAGGCCGUCACUGUGGCUGUGAAGAUGCUCAAAGAUGACGCCACAGAGAAGGACUUAUCAGACCUGGUGUCAGAGAUGGAGAUGAUGAAGAUGAUCGGGAAACACAAGAACAUCAUUAACUUGCUGGGGGCAUGCACGCAAGAUGGCCCUCUCUAUGUGAUAGUGGAGUACGCGUCGAAGGGCAAUCUGCGGGAGUACCUGCGGGCGAGGCGGCCUCCGGGGAUGGAGUACUCGUACGACAUCGCCCGCGUCUCUGACGAGCAGCUUACCUUCAAGGACCUGGUGUCCUGCACCUACCAGGUGGCACGAGGCAUGGAGUACCUGGCCUCGCAAAAGUGCAUACACAGGGACCUGGCAGCCCGGAACGUUCUAGUCACCGAGAGCAACGUGAUGAAGAUCGCCGACUUCGGCCUGGCCAGAGACGUGCACAACAUCGAUUAUUACAAAAAGACCACCAACGGUCUCCCUGUGAAAUGGAUGGCUCCGGAGGCACUGUUCGACCGGGUCUACACACACCAGAGUGAUGUCUGGUCGUUUGGGGUGCUCAUGUGGGAGAUCUUCACCUUGGGGGGGUCGCCGUACCCGGGCAUCCCUGUGGAGGAGUUGUUCAAGCUGCUGAAAGAGGGCCACCGCAUGGACAAGCCCGGCAACUGCACCAACGAACUGUACAUGAUGAUGAAAGACUGUUGGCAUGCCAUCUCCUCCCAGAGGCCCACCUUUAAGCAGCUGGUGGAGGACCUGGACCGGAUCCUCACCCUAGCAACCAACGAGGAGUAUCUGGACCUGCGCGCUCCUCCCGAGCAGUACUCGCCCAGCUUCCCAGACACACACAGCUCCUGCUCGUCCGGGGACGACUCGGUCUUCUCCCACGACCCGCUGCCGGAUGAGCCCUGCCUGCCCAAGUACCAGCACAUCAGCUCCAAGACAUGAGGGCGCCCCCUGCAGGAGGAAAUGACAGCGGG